UGGCAGGUGCGAGAUUUGUUGAAUGAUACAAGAAUGACACUUUCACUAUGUACCAUUAGCUGACCAUGGAAAAGCUAAAAAGGGAUGUUGAAUAUGCUGAGUACUUGAUUGAGACCGCCAAACAGAGACCUACUCAGCUUCUGAGCAAGCCAAUCUCCAGCAAUCCUAAAGGGAAGUCUAUUCAUCAGAAACUCUUGGAACUGUACAUCGAAGAAACCGGAUCACAGCCAGAUGAUACAGAUCUUAUCCGAGCUACCAACCUACUUCCCAAGCUUGUGAGACGUGACGGUCUAAACUGUCUGAUACUGAAGCUAUACCCAGGCAAUGAGGGCUACUCUCUGAUGCUUAGAGGUCGCAGUGGUGUCGAGUCAGAAACAUUUAAGUUACCGUAUGAGGUAUCAGAAUUGCUGGAAUAUAUUGAUUCAUCAGAGCUACCUCCGUUUCUGGUGGACUUGUUAGAGCGGGCUCAGGUAAAUGUGUUCUACAGCGGCUGUGUUAUAGUUGAGGUGCGAGAUUACCGCAGAUCUGCUAAUGGUGGACAUGACACUCAGUAUGUACUGCUCAAACCCUCACAACAGUCUUUGUUAUCUGACAUCUACAAUCUAUCCAGCGAUGGACACAGAUGGACACCGGAUGACCUUUUGACCUUGGAGAGUCAGUUGAUCCUGGCAACAGAAGACCCUAUCUGUCUUGACCCCUCCCCCUCAGUGUUACUGGUGGCUAACCAGCAGCAAUAUGAUCAAAAGAAAUUCAACACUCCCCUACUGAAGAGAUCUGUAAAAAAAUAUACACAGGCUGCCAUCAACAGGAAGAGAAAGUUUGCCCAGGCUGCAGCACCCAAAGAACUUCGACUGUUGGACUUCUUACAGAAAAAGAAGUCACGCACACACACUCCUAAUGUUAACUUAAAGAUAGGGAAACCGUCAGUAGACAUGUGGCAACAGAGGACUGUCCAGCUAUCAGUACCUGAGACUCUUGAUGUGGAGAAGUAUGCUACAGUGCACGAGCCUCCUGAAAUGACUUCCAACAAUGUUCUGGAAUUGGUUGAGGAGACAACACUGGAGAGAGACAUUAACACAGAGAAGAAAUUAUUGGCACGACUGAGUAUAAGGAAACGAAAGUCAGACGACGUGUACUUUGGCACGCUGUACCUCGACCAUGACUACAAAGAAAACUCUAGAGGAAAAACCUGCACGUUCAACUUGAGAACAAAAAUGGUUGUUGAUAAAUACUUACAGCAGUUUAAAGAGAUCUUCACAGAGGAGGGGCGUCGUGCAGUGAAGAUAACGACCCAGAAGCCUGGCCAGACUCCCCAUAUAGAGUACACACAGACCACACUGACAACAUCCACUCCUGGGAUUACCAUCACUGCUGCCCAGGCUCUGAUGAGUCGGCAAGCUGUCACAGCAACCCUCACUACAGCACAGCCUGACCUCCAGAGCGGAACUACAGCGGCUGGACUCUUGGCUGGCAAAAGGAAUGUGCCCAUACAGCUCUCACUGACCAUUGCUCCAGCAGCCCCAGGAAGCACUUCACAAGCACCCAAUCAGCUGCAGCUUAACAUACAGAAACAGCCAACAGGUCACCAAUCACAGUCACUGUCUCGUUCCAAAGUUGGCCACCAUGGAGUCGGACAAAGGUCUGUACCCAACACCCCUGAUCAGAGUCCAGCAUCCACACCCACAUCUACAGUUCAGGGUCAGCUGUUUCCCCAGGGUCUGACUUCUGUAACUUCAGUCCAUAGUGUGAAGACUCCGAUACCCACUCCUACACCUCCACCUAACACUACACUCACCAACCCAAAUGUUCAGGGUAGAAAGUCAGGGGUAGAUAACUCCAAUAUCACCCAGCUUCAACAAAGCCUCCAACAAGCUGGAAAUAUUACAUUUGUACAAACUACAGAGGGCAGCACUGGUCAGCCAACGCUAAGCCAACAGCCAAUCACUAACAUUAACAUAGCUAAUAUUGGCCUGCCGUCCAACCUCAUCCAGAACAUUACAGGUAUACAGGGCAUGAAUAUUACAAACCUUCAGGGCAUACAGAACAUGCAAGUAUCCCUAUCUGUCCCAGGGGGAAGUAUCCCGGUCCCCCUCAGCCUCAUCAACACAAAUGCUGGUGUGCUUCAGAACCACACUGGAAUCUUUGUCAGCUCCUUACCCAGCGGCAUCGUGUCAUCAUCAACAUCCACGUCAUCACCCAUAGUGUCCUCGGCUUCCAUUGCACAGACAUCCUCAUCAGGUGCUAGCGCUCCAACAAUGGUUACCAUGGUAACUUCAAUUCCAUCAGUAUCUGACCAUUGUACCACUACAAAUACGACAACGGUAGCAUCCAGUGGUGGUCGCACUUCAGGUAUUGCAAAUAACCCAACCUCUGUACUUCCCCCAGCUGGUAUGCUGUCUCUUCCACUAGGAUCCAUUGGUCUGGGUCCUUUCAUGUCUGGGAUCAAACAACAGACGAGCACCAAUAUUAGGGCACCAACUACUCUACCCCUGCUGCAGAUCCAAGGACAGCAUGGUGGAAUACAACUUUUAGGUCUUCCACAGCAGAGAGCUCCACUGAAAACAGGAACAGGAAAUCUGACAUCUCAGCAAGCAGGUCAACAGCUAAGUGGCACAAAAGUAGCUGUCUCCAUACCAACAACAGGGGUGUUGUCAGCACAGAACUUGGCCGGCCACCAGGUGGCCACCUUAUCUCAGUUAAAGCCAGGGCAGGCCCCAGGGGCCACACUGCAGCCUCAGCAGUUGAUAAACCUACAAGCAACACAGCUGACAUUCAACAAACAACAACCACUCCAGCUUCACCCAAUACAGCUGAAACCACAACAACCACAACAGUUAGUCCCAGGGAAUGUCAGCAAGACCAAAAGCAAGAAACGCACAACUCCCACCCCACCUAAACACUGAUGUUACCCUGACAACUGAUACCAGUUGUCCCUAGAGGCACCUACAGGUCCUGUAAAACCCCAUGUUCAAAGCCUAUUCCUAAAAUUCUUCUCUUUACAGCUGACAGAACUCUGGACAGUCCAAAAGCCUCAUUUUUCAGUUCUCCAUGUGUUUUUACUGGUCAUAUUUUUACACAUAAACAUUAAUCACAAAUUAAGGAUCAAAUCCUUCGAUCAGUUCUAGUCACACUGUGUAUACGAAUGUUCAAGUCUGAUGUGGGAAGAAAUAUUCUCAGAAUUUGAAAAUGAGUUGAUGUGAGUAUGAAGUAUUUGCAUACUUGAUUUGAUUUAAUUGGACUGACCUUAGGAAACAUGACCAAAGGUGUAUGUUUUUGUUAGGAGUACAUAUUAAUGAGAAUGUCAAUAGUGCUUCAUUGCAGAUAAAUGAGACAUUUACCAUAGCUUAUAACAUCAUAAACUUUUGAUUGACAGCUGGAUGGGAAAGAUGUAGUAUUAUAGGAUGAAUAUGAUGGAGAGGUAUUAACUACACUUAUACUGUAAAACUGAAUUUUGAUAAAGAAAUUAAAUGGGGUGAUCUUAUAGGGAAGAAAGCUCAUUUCCAGGGGUAAAGAAUUUCACAUUGUCUUUUUAUGCCUGAAGUAUACUGCCUUAGAUUUUGGAGACAAAAAUGAUUCACUGGACUUAAUUGCCCUUUCUAAAUAAAAACUGUACAAGUCUUAAAGAGAGUGUGGGCAUAUUUCUAGACAGAGCUUGAUUAAUUUAUAGGGAGUAUAGGCAUAUUUCUGGACAUAGCUUUGUUGAUCUAUAGAGGUUAUAGGGAUAUUUAUGGACACAGCUUGGUUCUAAAGAGCAACAUGUGCUUUCUGGGAAAAAGCAUUCUAGAGUGUAAGAUCUGAUUUCUCAGGAAAAUAGUUUGUCUUAAUCUCUUUCAUUUAUUUCUGCAUAUUUAUUUUCAUAAAUCCAUUUGAAGAAACAUGAAAAUGAUGUAGUGAAUAAUCAACUCUCCAAUACAUCUCAAGGUAUAUGUACCUUAUUUACCUGUUGUAGAUUUCAGGUCACUGUGAAGAAACAAAUCUUUAGAAAUAAGAACUAAUGCUGAGAAUUAACAGAAGGGAGAUAACUCUUAUAUAUUAGCCUAUCUGACCUAAAUUUUAUACAGUUUACCAUCUAAUCAGUUGGUAAAGGAGUUCAGAUUUCUAGAUUUGGUCAGGCUGGGAACUUCUAGGUUUUUAGAGUAUUCUUAAAGAACCUAUAUGAUAUUCUAGAUUCAUUAAACAAGAACCAAGAAUUUCUUAAUUGUUAUGAUUUGAUACUACAACGGUAAAGUUAGUUCUCACAACAUGAGAUUUAGGGUAUACAAGUUUUAAUUAAGACCAGAUUUUGUUAUCUGAAUUGAUACGAGAUUGAAAUCAAUAUCACCAACAAAUCUUUGCAGGUGUGUAAAAAAGACAUGGCCAUUGUAACUCUGUGUCAUCUUGGAAUCUAAACUGCUGAAGGACAAUAAAUUCACCAAUAUGAUACAUAACCGUAACAUGUAGGAAUGUUUACACUACAUGUUGGUCUUCUGAAAGUGGAGAUUACAUACUGUUUUCUAUAUAUUACAGAAGAUAUUGGACAGAUAUCAAGUCUUCUGUCCUUUGUUUAUGAAUUAUUUUUAAGCAUUUUACAUGUGUAAUAUGAAUUGAGUUAUUUUAUUGUGAAUAUUAUAACUUUUUAUAUGAAAUACAGCCAUUUUAAC